GAAAAGAUAUGACGUGUAAUUAGCUUUUUGUUUUGCAAGGAUUUACAUAAAACUGUAAUAUAAUUCAAAUUCAGUCAUAACUUGAAUUAAGUCAGUGUAAAUAAACGAACUCCACUUUUACUAUUGAUGUGAUCUCCGUGUUGAUAAGGUUCAAACUGUUAUCAUAAUAAUUGAGGUCCGGCUCGCUUUGCAUUGUUGUCAAUCGUAACAUCGAAAUAAUACCGAAAAUGUGUGGGUCUGAUAAGAAACUGGGUGAAAUUCGAGCCCUCAUUCUUGUGGGUGGCUAUGGGACUCGUUUAAGACCCCUUACUUUAAGUAGACCAAAGCCACUUGUCGAGUUUGCCAACAAACCUAUUUUGUUGCAUCAAAUUGAGGCCUUGGUUGAAGCUGGAGUCACACAGGUCAUACUGGCAGUGUCAUAUCGUGCAGAGGAUAUGGAAAAAGAGUUGACAGAGCAGGUCUCCAAACUUGGUGUGUCUCUCACAUUCUCCCAUGAAACUGAACCUUUGGGCACAGCGGGACCUCUUGCAUUGGCUCGUGAACUUCUAAGUGCUAGCCCUGAGCCUUUCUUUGUACUAAAUUCUGAUGUCAUAUGCGACUUCCCAUUCAAAGAACUUGCCAAAUUCCACAGGAGUCAUGGAAAGGAAGGAACUAUAGUUGUGACCAAAGUAGAAGAACCAUCAAAGUAUGGAGUUGUUGUUUACAAAGAGGGCGGUCAGAUCGAAAGUUUCGUUGAAAAGCCACAGGAGUUUAUAUCAAAUAAAAUUAAUGCUGGAAUGUACAUAUUAAAUCCUUCGGUAUUAAGUAGAAUAGAACUAAGACCCAUGUCGAUUGAAAAGGAGGUUUUCCCAUUCAUGGCUACUGAUGGGCAGCUAUUUGCCAUGGAGCUGCAGGGCUUCUGGAUGGAUGUGGGACAACCCAAAGACUUUUUAACAGGAAUGUGUCUAUAUCUAACAAGCCUACGGCAGAAGAAUUCGAACAUGUUACAUGACGGCACUGGUGUGGUUGGCAAUGUCCUGAUUGACCCCACAGCUACUAUCGGCAAGGGCUGCAGGAUAGGACCCAACGUUACCAUCGGCCCAGACGUCGUUAUAGAAGAUGGAGCGUGUAUCAAACGCAGCACAAUUCUCCGAGGGGCCUGCGUUCGCCAGCACGCCUGGCUGGACGGGUGCAUCGUGGGCUGGCGCUCCGUAGUGGGCCGCUGGGUCCGCAUGGAGAACUGCACGGUCCUUGGCGAAGAUGUCAUAGUCAAGGACGAACUGUACGUGAACGGGGGCCAAGUGUUACCGCACAAGUCCAUCGCACUGUCCGUGCCUGAACCACAGAUCAUUAUGUAAAAAGACUGAGUGGAACUUCUUCGUAGUUGGGGCUAGUUUUUAAAUAUAAUUGUAAAAAUAAGUGUUCGGCAGCCAGUUAUCAUGAUUAUAUCACUUGAUACGGAUGACUCAACUGGUCGGUAAGUGAAAUCAGUUCCUUCUUUAGUCAUCGACUGACGUUUUACCUAUGGGUUAUGUCACUAAAUCCGUAUUCGAUAAUGUACUUGCUUAUCAAAUCUCUUAAUCAAAAAGUACAAAAAACAACUAUCACAAUAAUUAGAAUAUUUGACAUUAUAAUUAUUUUAAAAUUUUGGUGACAUAAGCACCGACCAAAAAGUCUCUUAUCUGCUGUUUUACAAAUUAUUUACAUAACAUAGUGGUAUAAAAUAGAACUUAUUUGUAAAAAAAAACAAAAUAGAUUUUAUAUUCUGAAUAAUCUGUACUAUGUUAAUUAUUUUGUAAUACGUACCUAAAGUGGUAGUUUUGAUUAUUUUGUUUUAUAAAUUGAUUUUCAUUUUAUUUUGUUAUUCUGCUGUAAAUGAUAAAAAUAUUGUUUGUAAACUUCAAAGAAUAUAUCUAUUUUUAUUUUGUAAUUUGUAAAUGAAAUUAUUUUUUAAUCAUUAUAAAUAGAAACAUUCCUUUCACGCGAUCAGUUUUCAGAGCACUCAAGUACCCACUAACCAGGUAUUUUUCAUCACACGUGGAUAGCUAGGAACUAUUUACCAGAAUGUUCUUCCCAUAAGUGGUAAAACUGAGAGCUUUGAAAUCUGUAAACAUGUCUAUAAAACGUACGAUUUACAUUAACUUUAAGCCGUCUUACUACAGCGUACAAUGUAAUGUACUGCCAUUUUACACCAAAAUUAGAUUAAGGUUUGAUGUCAGUGUAAACUAUUUUGUGAAGUUAGAUGAUAAUAAAUACUUUAUAACUACCUAUGUACAUCACAAUAAAAAUAAGGCAACACAAUACAAUAGUAAUUGAAUAUUU